CAACAUUCAACACUGACAUUUUUUUGAAUCAACGAUAUUCACGACCCUGGUUGUCCUUUCCUGCGGGCCACAUCCUUAAGUAGUGGUAAUACGACGGAUUCGCACUAGCAUUGAAACUAUAUAGAUGCAGAUGUGUACUCCGCCGAACUAAUCCUGCAUCUCAGGUCAAUGCUGAAAUCUCACAUGCUGGUUUGGGACAAUGAAUGAGACCUAGACUUAAUAAAAAAUAGUGUACAUGACCAUUCGGGGUCACAUCCAACACUGAGAUGCAUUUCGCGACUAUCCGACUACAACCUGCCCGGCUCCGGGCCCCGAGUCGGAUGCCUUGGACACGGACCUUUUCCUCAUCCUCGCAACGCUACGAAAUUAGAGAUGUCGGGCUGCUCCCACAGCGCCUGAUACCCAAAUAUCAAGAAUCCCAAGUGGGCGAUCUACUGUCCCUCCAAUGGCCAGCCCCCCCGCGGAACAUCUUUUUGGUGAAGAAAGACUAUGCGCCCGCUGUUACUGCAUCUCUCAUCGAAUUUGCCAAUCACGCGACGUCUACCUAUCCAUCGACCUCGAUCAUUCUAGAACCCAGUGUCGCGGAGGAAGUACACUCAUUACUUCAAUCGCCAGUCUACUCCGCCUCUUUAGACCAACCAUGGCCGGUACUACAUGACAAGGUAGAUCUCACCGUUACUCUAGGGGGAGAUGGGACGAUCCUACAUGCUUCAUCCUUGUUUGCCACGUGUUACAACGUGCCCCCGGUACUGUCGUUCAGCAUGGGUACACUGGGGUUCCUAAGCGAAUGGAAGUUCGCCGAAUACAAGCGCGCAUUUCGUGAGGUAUACAUGUCCGGCGCGGGGGCCGGGGAUCGCGGAACGGUGCUGGGUGACCCCCGGCCGGCCUCUGACGAUGAAUCGCUGGAACUCGGAGCGGGCCCCACUGGAUGGUCGUCGGUGCGGGGGAAGUCGAUGGGCUUGACGCGCGGGGCUCGUAUCUUGAUGCGCAAUCGGCUGAAGGUGGGAUUAUUCACUGCAGAUGGACAACCGGUACAGCGUGGAUCCAAAUCUGUCGGCAUGCCAAACAGCUUGGAUGAACAGGGAGCGUACGUUAUGAACGAGGUGCUUCUGCACCGCGGCAAGGAGCCACAUCUGGCCGUGCUGGACGUCUAUGUUGGGGGCCGGUUUCUGACGGAGGCCGUUGCCGACGGAAUCAUCAUCUCAACGCCGACGGGUAGCACGGCAUACAGUUUGAGCAGCGGUGGCAGCAUUGUGCACCCACUGGUACCGGCGGUUCUGCUGACUCCGAUCUGUGCGCGGAGUCUGAGCUUCCGGCCCUUAGUACUGCCAUCCAGCACCCCGAUCACACUACGACUGAGCGAGAAAAACCGGAGCCGCGAGUUGGAGGUUAGCAUAGACGGAGUGAACCUGGGACAAGGGUUGACUGCGGGGAUGGAGGCCCGAGUUUGGGAUGAGGAGAUGCGGCAUGGCAAGAAUGAAUGGCAAAAGGGUGUGCCAUGUGUAAUGCGGAGGAUCACGGGCGGAGAGGCGCACGAUGGAUGGGUGGGAGGCUUGAAUGGAUUGCUGAAGUUCAACCAUCCGUUUGGAGAGGAGCGGUGAUAAGAGAAGGACAUAUACAAGGUUAGAUGGUUGCCCCUGGGGGGAGGGGAAGGUGGAACCUGUAGGCCAUUAUGGACUCAAUCUGUACCAUUAUACGGAGUAUGCGAAGAAAUGGGAUCUGCUCAGAGUUCUGA